UUCAUGUCCAGGGAUGUAGUCUUCCAUGAAUCAAUCAUUCCUUACCUAUCUGAGUUAUCUAAUUCAUCCUCCACAGAUAUCCCUGCCAUUCCCAUGUUUUCACCACUUACCACACCUGCUUUCUUUCCUGAAUCAGACACCAUCCCUGAACCUGAUCCCACUUUUGUUCAACCUCAAUCACCAGAAUCACCCUCACCUUCCUUACCUUCCUCACCACCCAUAACCACUCCACAAACAGAACCAACUGCUUCCUCUCCUCCUCCUUUUCCCCCUAUUCCAGUCCCACCUUCUCCCCCUUCUUCUUCUCAGCCAAUUGCACUUAGAAAGGCACCUCGUGCUCCUGUCAAGCCUGUCAAAUAUAAUGAUUAUGUCAUGCACCAAGGAACCACUAAUUCAAAAGUUUCAUAUCCAAUGGUUGCUUGCUUGUCAUAUGAACAACUGUCCAACAACUACAGGAAGUAUGUUUUAGCAGUGGAAUCCACUGUCAUUCCUGGUUCUUUUGAAGAGGCAGUUAAAGAAGAAUACUGGAGAAGGGCUAUGGAUUUGGAAUUGGAGGCACUGGAAGCUAAUCACAACUGGGAUUUAGUUCCCAGGCAUGCUCAUCAGAAGGUUAUUGGUAAUAGGUGGGUGUACAACAUCAAGUUCCAGACAGAUGGUACCAUUGAAAGGUACAAAGCAGAUUAGUGGCUAAGGGUUUUACACAAAUUUAUGGUGUUGAUUUCCUUGACACUUAUUUUCCCGUGGCUAAGUUAAACACUGUCAAAACCCUAUUAUCAGUGUUAGCAGUAAAGAAUUGGGACAUGU